ACUUGUGACUAGUGAGAUCUGGUGUGUGCAUGCGUGGUGCGAGUUUCGUGGGUUAUUUCUUACUUUACAGAUCGGACAAGCCUGCUUAAGAUGACGACCAGUCCGGUGACAGCCAGUCUGGACCGGGUGCCAGACCAGGUGGGAUAUCUGGUCAUGAACGAGGAUGGAGCUGUCAUGGCUUCUUCAGGAGAGUUAGAGAAUGACGAGGCAGCGGCAGGAGUGAUUAUGAAGAUGGUGGACGUGGCGCUCAGACUACAGACCGGCACAGACAAACAGGAACCCUUCAAACGAUUAUCAGUGAUCUACCAUGAGCACAUGUACAUGGUCACCAUUUCCAACCAGAAGAUCUAUGUCAGCAAGAGAACAAAUGAGCAUCAUGAACCCAUCACUGUCUAGCACGAAUGGCACAUUUCCACUUCUUAUUUUGCUUUUUGUUUUUUAAACAGCAAUUUAUUGACUACUAUGUAUAAUCAUACAGGUGCAACAUAUGUGACAAUAUGCAUUUCAGUUGCAUAAUUAGCACAAUUAGAGAUACAACUAGUCUCUUGACUAGACAUGCACUACAUAUAACUUUGUAGUCGUUUCUCAAAUAACAAAAUCAUGUGAAUUUGAAAUCUUCUCAAAUGUUUUGAAGGGGUUCUGUUUCAUAUCUCUUUCUCCAUACUGGUCAUCCUAAGCAUAAUGGCUAUCCUAAUCA